UCUCCCCCCCCCCCCGCCCGAACCCGUAAUUUAUGGAUGGGCUGAUAGGCUGAUAGGCUGAUAUAUAGUAUAGUUAGUUUGUAUGGCCAUGGCUGAUUGGUUGCCACUGGAUACAGUUUGCCAUCUAGUAGAGGAAUUUCGUACUGCUUUAUCGAAUCAUGCUUGACUGUCGUCGUCUGCUUACCGGGAUUUCAGAAUUCCAGUAUUUGGCGAAUGGUCGUUUUGGACUCUUGACUGGGAAAAGUAGAGAGCACAGAGACCAAUAACUUCAUUUCAUUGUUCAAGGUUUAAUUUCUGUUGGUUUUGGGCACAACCGCACAAUGCGAUGUGCACCACAAUGUGCACCAACAGAUUUUUGAGGAAAGUGUUUGUGUUGGAUGCUUAUAACAGCAGUCAUUACCUUGAAUUCCUAAUUACUGUAAAAAUAAGAUUAUUUUUGCAUAUCCACACUCCACAGCUUCGUUAAAAUUGAUUAAAGGGCCAAUAAACAAAUAAUAGCCUACAUCACAUGUUCAGUGUGCAAGUAUUCCAAAACAGGACAGUGAACUUGGCCAACUCGACAAGGAGUGCUGUAUGCUUUAGUUAUAUUCAAUCUCAAGGUCUCAACAUCAUCCCAGAUUUACCCAUUCUAACUGAAUGACGUUCAAAAGCCAAUGAUGCUAGGCAUCAAGGCGUUGGUGUCAGCAGUUAAGCUUGGGGUGAGUAUCCGUGAUGGCAAAAUAUAGCUGUAGCCAUGGUGAUUGACAAUUCAAAAUGCAAGGAUCCUGCGCUAAAUGAUACGCAUAUUUCAUUACUGUUCAUCAUAUGCGGAAAGCGAUCGAAUCGUUGAAUGGAGUAAGCGGCAAUCGACGAAGGAUUUCCUGUCAUGGAUGAAGUCAUUAAGAAAAUGAAUUAACGGAAAUUCAGUUUCAACUGAAGGACGAAAGUAUGCUCAACCCAACUUGAAUUAUUAUUGACAGCAGUUGAGGCACUGUUGCUAUGAGCUUUUUUUCAAAAACACAAAGCGCCUUUGCGUGCUUAUACAGUAAACUGUGCGCGCGAUACAGAUCUCCGAUGGUAUCUACAUCAACUUGCGUGUGGAAAACACUUGCUUGUUACUGAAGGGGAGCAAAUAAAAUUUCGUUUCCCAUCGUUUUCUGUUUCCAACCAGAUCUCUUGUUACAUAACAAUCUGGGUUACAGACAUGUGUUCAUAAAAGCUGCUCAGCAACAUAGCUGGUUAGUCCUAAUGUCCCAACGCAUCCUUCUGUUUUUGAAACGAACGUUUCCUAUCGCAACAAUCUUCAUCGCAUGUUUACAGAGACCCUGCGCCAUGUCCCUUCACAAUGUAUAAAGAAACGGUUCAAUAAUCCCAAAACGAAACGACAUGUGCAGUGUUGACAACGGGGGACAAUAUUUAAAAAAAAAAUUGUUUAUACCUAACCUUAUCAUCAGAACAACUGUGAGAAAAUUUAGUAUAAAAAAAGCUCGUUUUGUUAACUUGAUCAUCAGUUGAGAGCCAUCGCUAUUACUUGACACUCGUCCCGCUCAACAAGAUACGUCGCCCACGAUGCACUUCACUUUAUCGGCCCUCAGUGUGUUUUUUCUCAUUGGGUUCGUGAAUUCCAAUUCACUUCCAAACCUAUUUCAACGUAACAGUGCUGAUCAGCCGACCAUAUCAAUCGUCGGUGGAGUCCCGGCAGCCACCGGUGAAUUUCCUUAUUUGGCUGUUUUGAGCUUGGGCCAAUACCUUUGUGGUGGAUCCCUGAUUGGAAAGUCCCACAUCCUGACAGCGGCUCAUUGCGUUGAAAGUUUUGCUGCCGCUGACGUGAGCACGUUCUUUGCGGACAUCAACACGUUGUCAAUCAACGGUGGCGGAACCGGCGCUGUCUUUAGGGGAGUGAAGAAAUUCAUCAUUCAUCCCUCAUACAAUUCCAACACACAAGAUAACGAUGUCGCUAUGCUGAUAUUAAAUUCGCCAGUUACAACUGUCAAAUUUGUUGCGCUACCGUCCGACAACGCAACAACUCUUGCCCCAACAACUAUAAAAACAACAACAACGUUGAAGUCUAACGUAACAACUCCCAAACUCACUACUACAACUCCUAAACCCACAACAACAACUCCUAAGCCAACCACAGCCAAAUCUGUGACGACGGCCAAAGCAACAGUAUCCACCACCAAAAUGCCGUGCUCGUGUACGUGUGCACCAACUACCACACGCGUAGUCGCCAACGGGAAAACCACCAAAAAACCUGCACUUCUAAGAGCUUUCAGUACAUAUGCGAACCAGUUGGCCACCAUCGCCGGAUGGGGAACAACAUCUUCAGGAGGAAGCGUUUCGAACUUGCUGCUGAAAGCAAACGUCACUAUUCAAGACAAUACAGUUUGCGCUAAACAAUAUGGAAAUUUCGUUGGCGCUAACAUGUUGUGCGCCUCUGCUCCUGGUAAAGAUACCUGCCAGGGUGACAGCGGUGGCCCGAUCCUUGUAAACGGAGUUCAAGUUGGAAUCACCUCCUUCGGCAAUGGCUGUGCUGAUCCUAAAUAUGCCGGUGUCUACACCAGAGUCUCGACUUAUGUUACCUGGAUUCAGACCAUCAUGGCCAAUAAUCCAUGAAAAUAAUUGGCUAUUAACAAUUUCUUUAUAUUCGUUUUAGACAACUGAACGGUUAACCGAUCCAACUAUCGGUCCAUCGGUUACCAAAUGUUAUUGAAUUUCAUGUAUUACGGGAUUUUUUAAAUUACUGCCUGGGAAUAAAAUAAAGCAUAAUACAUUUUAUUGGUCAAAUAAUAA